ACCAUCAUCAUCAUCAACACCAUCAAUACCAUCAUCAUCACCACCACCAUCACCAUUACCAUACUCGUAGUUGACAGAUGACAGCAUUCCCUUUAGUCCUUUCCAUUCAGGGUCCCUCUAAAAGCCCAUCAGCUGCUUGAAGUAAACAAACGCUUGGUCGGGAGACGGGACUCGCGUUGGUUUGUGUGCGGCUUCUUUCUUAUGACAAACACAGUCAUGGAGAAAGACAGACACCUGAGUCCUUUUGUUUACUGGGCUCAGACUGACACUGCUGUUACUCUACGUGUUGAGCUGAGGAAUGUGCAGACCCCUGAUGUGGACCUCCAGGAACAAACAUUAUCAUUCUCUGCUGUUGCAAAUGGAGCACAAGGUGAAAAUAAGUAUGGAUUCAACUUGAAACUCCUCAAGCCCAUUGAUACAGAGAAAAGCAAAUACAGAAUCUUAGACAGAAACGUUGAAUUCAACCUCAUGAAGUCAGAGAUUGAGUUCUGGCCAAGGCUUUUAGAAGAUACAAAGAAACCUGCUUGGCUGAAAAUUGACUUUGACAAAUGGACUCACGAAGAGGACUUAUCUGAUGAGGCCAGAGACAUCAUGGAGGAUUAUCCUGAUCUGUAUAACAGGGUCCAAGCUGAGGAAAUGGGAUGGCCGACAAAGAGAGAGAGUAUGAAGAAAGUAUAUCUUUUCCUAUACAACUUGUGGCAGUUUAUAGGAUUCAUAUACAUUGUGGUUGUCAUGGGAACCAGAUACCUAAGAGAUGGUCCUGCAUCGAUGGAAGGAACUCACUUGAAUGUUGGCUGGAUGAUGCGGCUCUGCUUCAUAACACAGUUUCUGGAAAUCUUCCACCCUAUGGUUGGCUACACAAAGGGAUCAGUGUUUGAAGCUAUUGUCCAGGUUGGUGGAAGAGGAAUUAUCUUCUUUUGUCUGAUUGAAGGAGAAGAGAGAAUGCAGACCAAACCAGUGAUAUUUUACCUGUAUCUUGUUUGGUCACUUAUAGAACUUGUGAGGUAUCCUUACUACAUGCUGAGGGUCUAUGAUGUAGAGAUUAGCUUCCUGACUUGGCUGCGAUACACCAUCUGGAUCCCACUCUACCCUCUUGGCUUUAUUUGUGAAGGGGUUGUAGUUCUCAGGGAUAUUCCAUACUUCGAGGAGACCAAGAAAUUCUCAGUUGCGCUGCCCAACAAGUGGAACUUCAGUUUCUAUUUCCCAAACCUUCUCAGAUGUUAUCUCCUCUUCUUCCUGUUUCCUGUGAUGUACAAGAUGAUGACACACAUGUACCAUCAGCGUGUCAGGAAGUUGGCUCCUCCAAGCUGGAAGAAAAAGUUUGAAUAGCACAAUAUAACACAAAUGGUAAAGGUGUUGUAAUGGUACCAGAUUGUACUUCAAGUCUGUUUAUGGUUUGGUUCAAAGAAAAGUAGGAAAGAUGAUGCUAAACAUAUAUAAGAAAUUUUAGGACUACUUUCCCAUCUAACUCACUGGUACAUAUUACAUGAUAAAAGAUGAAAGUCAUUGUAACACACUUGUAUAGGAGAUGCCCAUAUACAUUGAAAGUAUACAUUGUGUAUGUAUCUUGGAUUUUAUAAAAUGAUGUAUCAGGUAGUAAUGCUUGUAGAUAAAUUCAAAUGAUGAGAUUACUUUUUUGUUUCAAUAUAAAGGGGGUAGUUUCUUUUAUGUCAGGUUUCUGUAUGAAAAUAGAAUGAAUGACUUGUUCAAUUCUUAUUUCAUGACAGGUCUUCAUGGAUUCUUUCUGAAACAGGUAGCAAUAACUUUUGGAAGAAAGAUAAUCAUGUAGAAAGGUAUGAAUGAGAAUGAAUAUCUUUACAAUACAAGAGAUGUAUUUGACCAGUAUCUUCGUCAGAAAUGAAUGAAGAUAUUCAUUCUCAUUCAUCCCUUUCUACAUUUGUCAUCAUGAAUACGGUUCAUCAAUGAUAAUCAUAUCAAAUAAUAAAGGUGAGAGGAGAUAGUAGCUUGACAAGUUUGCAAUACUUUAACAGUUUCAGUAUGGACCCAGAAAAAUAGUUUAUUGUCCCUUUACCAUGAAAUAUAGCAUAGUUAUUAAAUCUGUAAUUCUCCUAUGCCAUCCACUCUUUCUCUCCCCCUCCCUUUCCCUCUCUUGCUCUCCCACUUUCCAUGACUCCCUCUCUCCAACCCCUGCCACUUAUUUAAUUUCUUAUAAUUGCCCAUUUCUUUGAAGUCCUACAUGCCAUAAGUAUUGAAAUCCAUAAAUAGUUUAAGCUAGAGAACAAUACAAGAAGAAUUUGUCUUCAUACUGUGAAUUAAUUUCAUGGGCAGAGAUGGCUAUACAUGGAGUUUCAAGAUUAUUAUUUACUGUAAAAAAAAUGUACAAGGCAUAUUGUCUCUUACAGAAUCAACUGAUAUAUUUCAGUUGCAUGUUUGAUCAAAUAGGUCUAAUCAUCAAAUUUUGUAAUAGUAAAAGAUAGUUUGUAAAGUUUAUUAGCUAGAAUAUAUGUACUGCAUUUGGAAAUGGAUAUUUGUUUUGUACGUGAAAAGAGAAAAUGUAUUUUGAUUUGCCAACCGGGAUUAUUUUCUUUAUUUGCUUCUUUAUUAGCAGAAUAUGUAUAUGUGUACAUCUUUUGUGUGUGUGUGUGUGUACCUGUGUGUCAUAUCUGUAUACAUAAUUGAAUUGAGCUCUUUUUUGCAUUUCCUUUUUUGAUAAUAUCCCUAUUGUGAUUGCUGUCCAUUAAAUGAUAGGGGGCAUUAGUAAAAUAUAGUAUGAAAUAUUUAUUACAGCUAUUCAGCAGCUCAGUGUUUAUAAGGGAAGAUUGACAUUAUGAAUGUUACACUUUAGCCCACUACUGUGGCAAACAAACAAAAAUUAAUUUAUGUAAUACAAGAAAAGGAAUUUUUUAAAUGAGAACUUUAAACCAUACGUAUGUAAUUACAGGUCUCCGUUUUCCAACGUCAUGUAGUUUUCCUCUUAUCUUACACAUCCAUUAUUGUUAUUUGUAAUCCUAAGCAGUCUAUUACAUUUUCUCAUAGAUAUUUGAACCACCUAUUAUGCCCUUGGGAUAUUUUUAUCAGGUCUAGAAUAUAUCUUGUAUGGCAUUGCAAAUCUUGGCUGUGACAAAGCAAAAUAAUUUGUCAAGGAUGAAGUGCUUGUCUAAUCUGCAACAUAUCACCAUCAUAAUUCCAAAGUUUUAGGUAGAUAGUGUACAUUUUGUUGAACCUAAAAGUUACACAUAGAUAUUAUAACUUCUUUUGAUAAUAAGUGUUAUCUUUAUCUUUUGUUUUUCACCAUGAAAAUAUGUGUAUUAUGGUCAUUUACGACUGUUUGUAUGCCAAAGUGUAAAACAUUAGGUACCAUACUAGACUUUGUAUGGAGUCUUGAAUUUGUAAGUCUCAAAUUAAGAACUUAUGUAAUAAGUUUAAAUAUAAGCAGACAUUAUGUGGUAAAUAUUUUAGUGCCUUUAAUGAUUUUGUGAAAAUUUAUGAUUAAAAAUAAUCAAAGGUGUAUACAUCUGCCUAUAUAUAUUUCCAUCUUCAAAUGAUAAAGCUUAAAUGUCUUUGCUGUUGUAAUUAUUAUAAGAUUUAGUGACAUUGGAGAUUUUUUUGAUAUCAUGAAUGUAUGUAUUUUUCUUCUAAUGGCAUACUUGUAGUUUUUAAUAUCGCUUCUUUCUUACUUAAAAAAAAGUCCGUAUUAAUGUCAUUUUCUCAGAUAUGAAAGGAGCUCCAAACAGCAGCUUAUAAGGAAUGAAAUGUACUGUUUAGAAUUUUUUUGUGGGUCAUUUAAAGUUUAAAUUUGUUUUAGGAGUUUAAGCUUUAAAUGAUAUCCCUCUUCAUUUGAGUGAACACAUUUUCUUCUUUUUUAUUGAAUUUUCUCACUUUAUAAAUGUAUGAAGAAAUUAGUGAUUGCACAUUUCUGUAAUAUGUGUAACUAUAUCAUAAAGGAUUAGUGAAGACAGAAUAUGUUAAUUGAUAAUUACAUGAUAUUACAAAAUAUAUAUUCUGUUUCUGAUGUAAUAAUGAAUUCCCUCCUGAACCAUUGUUAGUUCCUCUAGUCAUUUCAAGAAACAGUAUUGUAAAAUGUGUUCCAAAAAAUUUAAUAAAGAAAA